CCAUUUUGGCCGAGGACGCCCCGUGGCGCGCAGCCCCCGCUGCGCCAGCAGCAUUUCCCCCGCCGCGCGCGCAUCUGCGUGGCCGCGCCUUGGGGGCGAGGGGCCGUCGCGUUGCGGCGGGCCCGCAUGUCGCAUCGCCAGUCGCCAGGCCUGGCUGGCCAGGCCCUCAGGGCCAGCCUGCCCGCGUUGGAGGAGAAGCACGAGGACGACCUGGCGGCGGAGCGCCUCUGGUGGGCCGAUGCCUUGGAGAGGCAGGUGAAGGACAUCGGAGAGAACUUCGGCCACCAGUUCCGCACCUCCCUGGACCGCCUGCGCACGGAGCUGGCCGCCAGCCAGGAGCACCUCGAGGCGCUGGUGGAGCGGGAGGCGCGGGAGCGCACGAGCGAGAUCCUCGACGUGAAGCGCGAGAUCGACGCGCGCUUCGGAGAGGCGAUGACGAGGCUCUUCCAGGACUGCGGGCUCGGCCCCGCGCGUCCAGCGCUCGCGGGUGGCCAGGACGGCCAGCUCUCCGCCGUGCGGGGGCAGCUCGAGGAGCUCCGCGGCCAGCUCGCCCAGAGCGAGAGCAGCAGGGCGGACCUCGACGGAUUCGCCAGGCGCGAGCUGGAGUCGGGCAGGGCGAUCCGAGAAGCGCAGAGGGUUCAGGUGUCUGGGCUGGAAGCGGCGCUCUCGGACCUGCGGCGGGAGAUCUCCGACGCCCAGGAGCGCCAGGCGCUCUCGGUGGAGGACCUGCGCCGGGACCUGGCGACCUUCAAGGAGGAGGCGCACGUGCAGGAGCAGUCGAACGACCAGGUGGCGCAGCUGCACCAGCUCUUCAUGCAGAGCGCUGGGGACCUGGGGCGAGGCAUCGAGGAGGUCUCCGCCGGAGUGCUGGCCACGGAGCAGAAGCUGCGUCGCGAGACAGACCAGCGCCUCCGCGCCCUGGAGGCGCGCUGCGGCAAGCAGCACACCGAGGUGCUGGAAGCCCUCGCGCGCUCGGGCGAGCAGCUGGCCCAGAGCAUCUGCGACGAGGCAGAGAAGCGCGACCAAGAGGCAAUCGUCUUGCGGACCCAGCUCGACGCGCUCCACGGCCAAGUGGAGGACCAUCGCAGCGCUGGCUCUGCCGAGGGCGCGUCCGCGGCGGCGGCAUUGGCAAAGGAGACGGACGCCCUUCGCUGCUUGGUGGAGGUGGCCCAGGGGGACCUGUCGAGGCUGGAGCGGGCUGCCGCAGAGGAGCGCGUGGCCCAGGCCAACAUCGCCGCGGAGCUCAAGUGCAACGUGGAGCACCUCGGGAAAAGUCUGGCGAAUCGCCUGGAGACGAUGGAGGCGGUCCUCCGUUCCCACGUCGGCGAGUGCAUCGCCGGCGAGCGGAACCUUCGCGCGCUGGAGGUGGCAGACAUCAGGAGCUAUGCUGAGGGCAUCCUCACGGAGGCCAGCAGGGCGGUGGCCGAGGGCACUGCCAACAGGUUUGCGGACACGCUUUCGGCGAACACGCCCGCGGCCACGAGCACCACUCAGGACCAGGAGCAGGUCUGGAAGGAGCUUCACCGCCUCAGGGCCUCGGUAGACGCCAUCGAAGCGCUCGAGCGGCCCCAGCAGGCGGAGGCGCAAACGGCCGCCUUCAUGACCGCCGUCGUGGCGCGGGUGGAGGCGCUCGAGGAGCGCACCGAUCAGCAGAAGGUGGCCUCCGUCCGCCUGGAUGGCGUGGAGGGCGCGCUGAAGGAGAUGGCGCGCGUCUCCGAACUGAGCCAGCUGGACGCCGCGCUGAAGCGGAUGGAGCUGGACCUGAUGCCGCUGGACUCGCGGCUGGACCACGUGGAGUCCGAGCUUCGCAGGGCCCUGCUGGAGACGUUGCCGCUAAUCCCGCGCAUGGACGCGGCCGAGUCGGAGGCGGCGCGCUUGGGCCGCGACUCGGCCGCCGCUGGCAGGAGCCUCGCGUCGUUGCUCACGGAGCUGGAAGGCGUCAAGACCGCAGUCGCUGCUGUGAGCAAGGCCCUGGCUGACAAGCCGAUGUUCUACCAAGCAUCCACUGUGCACUCUUUCGCCCUGGACAACACCGGGACCACCAUCGACACCAGCGAGGCGCCCCUCUCGCGGCCAGAUGAGCUGAGAACGAGCAUCAGCAACAUCGUCAAGAAGGUCAACAUGACGCUGUCGGCCAGCGCCGCCCCUGGCACGCAGUCCAGUCAGGGUGCGCCUCCGGGGCUCUGCCUGCGCAGGGCCGCGGAUCCCAGCAUGGAGGACUCGGGGGCCAGCUUUCGAAAGGCGCUGCAGGCCGUCCGGGACCUGCGCUGCAAGCGGCCGCCCGACGCGAGCUCGAGCCACACCCAAGAGGGGGGCGCCGCCGGCCUGUCGACGCCCAGGACCUGGACUGCCAGGACGGAGGUGCUCAAGCCCGCCGCGACGACACCGACGAGUGCGACCUGGCAGGCUCAGGCCUCCGACGGGCGCCCCUCGCCGCCGCCGGCGGCGAGCCCGCGGGCUGCGCCUCCUCCUCGGGGGGCACGCCGGCGGCGAGCCCCGCCGGCGGCCCCGCCGGCGCGG